UUAUCCAUUUGUUGGGGAAAUACGGGAACUGCUUCAACUGUAUGGAUGAUGAUGAAGUAUGCUAUAGUCCUCCCUUCUUCUUCACCUCCUAAACUCGCCCGAUAUCCUCCCAUUUCCAUAGCUUUCCUCUCCACCUUCCACACUUUCAGCAAUCCUACUCCUACUCCACUCCUACCCACAUGGAGCCCACCCACACCUUGUUUCCGGCUCUCCUCGUCGGCCGACCGGACGGUCUCUGUUGCUUCGCCGGCGACGGAUGUUGAUGAUGAUGAAGAAGCUUUGGUGGACUCUGCUGCGGACGUGGUGAGGAAAUUCUAUAGAGGAAUUAAUGCUCAUGAUCUCGCUUCCGUGGAGGAACUCAUCGCCGACAAGUGCGUGUACGAGGACCUUGUCUUUCCCCGACCAUUCGUUGGUCGUGAGGAUAUCCUUCAGUUCUUCAAGAAUUUCAUUGGUUCUGUUAGCAAGGACCUCCAGUUUGUUAUUGAUAAGUUGUCCACAGAGGAUUCUUCAGCCGUUGGAGUGACAUGGCAUUUAGAAUGGAAAGGAAAGCCUUUCCCCUUUAGCAGAGGAUGCAGCUUUUAUGAACUGGAGGUCAUUAAUGGCAAGAGACAGAUAAUAUACGGGCGAGACAGUGUUGAACCUGCAAUCAAGCCUGGGGAGACUGCUUUGGUUGCCAUAAGAGGAGUAACUUGGUUAUUGCGGCAAUUCCCUCAGCUGGCAGACCGUUUAUGAUGAACACCAACUUUCUGUCUGUUUUUCAUUCCUAUUUGUUGAGGAAGUGGAGUAAAUAUGAUAAUAUGUUAUGUAUGUUCAAUUGGUAUAUAUGUAUAAAGGAGCUAAAUACAUGGCAUAUUUCUUACUCAAUACGAAAUCAGUAUAAGAGUCCAAA